UACUAUGCCAUCUUCGCAAAAGCUUCUUCGCGGUUGACGUCGGAAUGAACGUUUUGGUUCAAGACGUGAUCGGAGCUCUUUGACAUGCAUGACCCAUGUGUUGUGCUCUAUCAGUGCGGAAUGAAGAACUAAUAAUUACUUCCAAGGAAACCACCGAUCUCUAGACCUGCCACAUCCUUGUUGUACUGAUGCACGGGCCUGAAUUUGGGCCUUUGCAUUCCCGAGAAGACCACCGCUUCAACACGAUCCGCUUUGUCCUGUUUUACGCGUAACAGGCUUCUAACCAUAUGACACAAAGUCCCCAACUCACGCUAUCAUCAGCGUUACUCGGGCGGCCAGGUCCCGUUAGCUUGUACGCUAGCGGAGUCAGGAUCACAUCGCACUUAUAAAUGCAGCACCAUCUGGAACCCUGGAGGGGUCAGCCUCAUCCUCACUCUUUUGUUCUGUAACUAUGUUCAGCGGGUCAGAACACCGCGAUGCUUGGUGCGUCCCUACACUACGCUUUGGCAACUUAUGUAGCCUCACGACAGAUUGCAUCUGAUGUCAGCGCGAAGAAGCAGCAAGAUCGAGCAGAAAAGAUUGCUCGAUUAACACCUAAAUACUCUGCUCCACUUACCGAGGAGGACCAGCGAAUACUUGGUCUGUCCUUGACUCAGCUUGUAGGCGAGUGCAACGAUGGCGCCAUCAAUCCUUCAUCUAUCCUUUCUGCCCAUGGCAAGAAAUGCUUAGCUGCUCAGGAAAGCACGAAUUGCCUUACCGACUUCAUGUUUGAAGAAGGCCUUUCGAAAGUUACCACGAACAGACCCCUCUCCGGUGUUCCUGUCAGCAUCAAGGAUUGUUUCGAUGUCGAGGGUCAUGACACUACCUUAGGAUUCUCCAGCAAGGCGAACCAACCCGUGCCCUCGUCUGCAUCUAUCGUGCAGCUCUUGCAGGACGCCGGCGCACUUAUUCACGUAAAGACAGCGGUGCCCACUGGAAUGUUCUCGUUCGAGACCAAGUCUGAUUUGUUCGGCGAAACCAGUAACCCAUACAACCCAAAGUUCGCAGCUGGCGCCUCUACGGGUGGUGGCGCCGCGCUCCUUGCAUACCACGGGAGCAAAAUAGAGAUUGCUUCUGAUAUUGGUGGUAGUGUCCGUUUUCCGCCAGCUUACUGUGGUGUGUACGGCAUGAAAGCAUCAUGGGGUCGAUUUCCCGCCCAUGGUUCCCAUGCAGCUCCGGGAGGCAUGGAAAGCAUCCAAACCAUUCCUUCUCCGAUGGCCAAGACUCUGGAAGACUUGAUCUCUUUCUGGGAAAGAGUGGUUGGGAUGAAACCUUGGGAAUACGAUCACACGUGCGUUCCUAUUCCGUGGCGCCCUGUAGAUUUUGUAUUGACCGGCAAGAAACCGAAAUGGGGAGUGAUAUGGGACGAUGGUAUCAUGCCUGCGACUCCUGCAUGCGAACGAGGUCUAAAGUCCGCGGUGGAGUCGUUGAGAAAACUAGGCCACGAGGUGAUCGACUUUCAACCUCCAAGCAUUUUGGAAGUGUUGAAGACCGGUUUCCAAUUCUUAUCUGCAGAUGGAGGUGCGUGUACAACGUUCAUCACUUCAAUUUGUCUCAUGGCGAUCCUUUCAGCUGAUACUAUUGCCGCCCCUCUUUCCCCGUCGGAAUCGCUGAGUGACCCAAUGAUGGAAUUCCGAAGAAUUUUGAAGAUGCCGCUCUUUGCUAAGCGUUUGAUGGCCUCACUGCUACGGAUGCUGUCGCGACCUGCCGGCCGCAAUGACGCUUUUGCGGCGUUAUCUGAGGUUUUACACCCCAUGUCUGUCGCGGAAGAGCGAGCGCUAGUUCUCAAGCGAGAAGAACAGAAAGCCGCUUGGACAAAAGCGUUUAAGGACCAAGGCGUCGAUUUUAUCCUGACGAUCGCUCAUCCGCUUCCACCGGUCCUGAGAGGGAAGUCAGGAACAGCAACAUUGUUAUCGGCCAGUUCUGCGUUCUUGUUUAACGUCCUCGACUUUACCGCUGGAGUAGUACCGGUGACUUUCGUUGACCGAUGGCUCGAUGCGCUUCCGGAUAACUUCCAGGAGACAGAAGCUUACGGCAAGCUCAACGACGCUGCGAGGAACAUGUUCUCAUGUUACGAUGCGGUAGCGAUGGACGGUCUUCCGAUCGCCGUGCAGGUCGUCGGGCGCCGAUUUGAAGAAGAGAAGGUCCUUGAGGGCAUGAAGGCAAUCGAAACGGCUUUGAAGGAAACUGACAAGGCGUUUGUGCAGAGGGAAUUCUACUAAUGUCUGACGAACUAAAUGAGGGACUAACGCCCAAAUCUGGAGGUUAUUUAGAUAUCAUACUGUUUUCUAUCGUUUUUCUACGAACGUCGUCUAAUCGUCAAUUUGCGCAUCUCUACUCCCUAAACAGUACAUACCUAGUCAUCAAUGGAAGCAUUCUUUGUUGGUUUUCUGCUUGCUCCAUUCAUUCUCUGAUGGUCAGAUGUUUUCUGUUCAGAAGGCGAACUACAUAAUCUCGACCUUCGGACCCGGUCUUUUGCUUCGGG